CAGCAGGGGGCAGACUGCAGGGAAACAUAGGCCGGUAACGUGGAGGGAGGAGCACAGAACCGGAACUGAGAUUAAUAUCAACAACCUGAGUUACAAGUUAGGCAAAACUUUACUGCACCAAACAGAAACGCUUCCUAACGUAUUACAUGCGACACAAAUGCCUUAAUUUGACGUGGUCCGCUAUGGGGAGAGUUUAUUCCUGCUCCUCGAGAACGUGGUGUGUGUUUCUGUUCAGACUCGGAGGCUAAGUAGUGUUUAUGCUGCGCUGACAGAGAAGUGUGCCAUGGUGCUGCAGCUGCUCCCACCUGUCAACUAGCUGCCUCCUCUCCUCCUGCCUCCUCUCCUCCUGUCUCCUCUCCUCCUUGUUCACCAAUGGCUCACUGCGGCUCCUCCGAGACAAGCGCUAAGGUGCAGGCUCCGUGUCCCGACAGCACCGCCACCCCGCAGGGCAGCGCAAACCAGGGCAUGAAACCAGUCCUGUUCGAGAUCUUCGGCGAGAUAUGGACCGUCCAGUCCCGGCUCGGUCAGGGAGUCUCGGCCUCGGUGUACCGGGUCAGCUCAGGCAGAGCCGCCACCGCCGCUGUGAAGGAGUUCCAGGCCGACACUCAGGGAGGAGACUACGGGUAUCACAAGGAGAGGUCCGUGCUGGAAGACAUCCAGGGGCAUAAGAACAUCGUGACACUGUACGGGGUGUUCACCAACCACAGCUGUACGGGUGUUGUCACACGCUGUCUUCUGCUGGAGCUCCUUGAUGUCAGUGUGUCCGAGCUGCUGGUGAGAGGCAGCAGUGGCACUCCGGAUGGCAGAACCCAUCAGGGUCACUCAAUGUGGUUAGUCCAGCACUGUGCCAGAGACAUCCUGGAGGCUCUCACCUUCCUCCACAGGGAAGGCUAUGUCCACGCUGACCUCAAGCCACGCAACAUCCUCUGGAGCGCUGAUGACGAGUGUUUCAAGCUUAUCGACUUUGGGCUCAGCUUCAAAGAGGGAAACCAGGAUGUGAAGUACAUUCAGACGGACGGCUAUCGCGCUCCAGAGGCAGAGCUUCAGAACAGCCUUGCUCAGGCUGGAGCGGAGAUGGAGGGAGACUCGGGCUGCACGUCUGCAGUUGACAUGUGGAGCCUCGGUGUCGUCCUGUUGGAGAUGUUCUCAGGAAUCAAACUCAAAGACACCCUUCGCUCGAAGGAGUGGAAGGAUAACUGUGCUGCCAUCGUAGACCAUAUUUUUGCCAGCAACAAUCUGGCAUGCCCUGCCAUCCCCGUCUAUCACCUCAGAGACCUUAUCAAAAGCAUGCUCCUCAACGACCCAAAGCAAAGAUGCACAGCUGAAACUGCCCUGCUGAGCCCAUUCUUCAGUAUCCCCUUCGCUCCUCACAUUGAGGACCUUGUUCUGCUGCCCUCUCCUGUCCUGCGUCUCCUCAACCUGAUUGAUGACAGCCACCUGCACAAUGAAGAAGAGUAUGAAGACAUCUUGGAGGACAUGAAAGAGGAGUGCCAGAAGUACGGCUCAGUGGUUUCUCUGCUCAUCCCUAAGGAGAACCCGGGUAAAGGACAGGUUUUUGUCGAAUACGCCAAUGCCAGUGACUCCAAAGAGGCUCAGAGGCUGCUGACGGGCCGCACCUUUGAUGGGAAGUUUGUCGUGGCCACCUUCUAUCCUCUCAGCGCCUAUAAAAGAGGUUACCUGUACCAGACUGUGCAGUAAAGUCCUGAAGCUCAAUUUAUACUCCUGCACUGUUUGCAUCAAAAUCACAUGACUGCACAGCGCACCACAACAGAGGAGCAUCUCUCUCCCUGUUGCUUUAUAGUUAUUUAUGAGUGUAGUUGAACGUCCUGCAUGCUAUCUGUGUGAUUUUUCCACAGUGCAUUUAGUGUUUCAUGCAGAGUGUAAAUUGAAGACUUUAUAUUUGCUGUCUCCAGUCUGUGCACAACUAUUCAAUGCUUUGAGACUAGCUGCACAUACGUCAUUUAAUAACUCCGAACCAGAGGUUUGUGACUUCUGGUUCAGCAGCUCCAUUUAACUGUCAUUCUUUCAGAGAUUACUGACUUUCUCACAUGAUAGUGUAAAGCAUGAGAAUCUGUGCUCUAAAAUAGUUAUUAGAGAAUCAUUUCAUAUCAUCAGCUACGUCAGGGAUUGGAUAAGAAACAUGUAGCACGAUUACAAUGAAUGCAUGGGGGAAAUCCCAUUUAACUGAAAGUUUCCUUCAGGGAAAAACAGUCCUAGCCUUGAGGAAUAAGUACUUUUAUUGUGUUUUUCCUUAUUUAUAUUUAUGUGUAGACUUUAAUGAGAAUGAGCAGUACAGUGUGGUAGGAUCUGCAGUUAUCCUUAGCUGGCUCCUCAGCAUCCUCGAUUGCAGACAACUCUGUAAACGACAAAAUGAGAACACAAUGAACAAAACUCUUCCAUUACAGACCAAGACCUGUUGGCGAGCUAACUUUACCCGAACGUUACUACAGGGUUUAACGUAACAUCGAUUAUGAAAAGUGGGAACCAGUUUUCCCGGUCGGGAGCCGAUUCAUUUGCAGUCCAAACUCAAAAAUCUGGUUCUCAAUUGAGCGCCGGCUCCGAACCGGCCCCGGUCAAAAAGGAAUAAGGGAGAGAUGUUUUGGAGUGACUUCUCUAAUAGCUGGUAGCUUUCACUCUCUCACUGACUCUCUGCCGUUAUCUGAGCACAGCUGAGGGCUACUCAUGCCCUGCCAUAGCCUUAUAUUUAGUAGCUUUUUAUUUAUGAAAGUCUACACUCUCAAAGAGGAUGUUUAUCAGCAAAGCUCUGUGCUCCUGUGUACGCUGAAUUUGGUGUUUUGACUGCAACAGGAAAGACACAAGAAGACUUUUAAGCACAUGCUGAGAUGAUGUAAGGGGGCCGAUGCAUCAAUUAAGUCUGCAACUGUCCUCUUCCAAUUGGAAAAAGAGUGUAUGAACAAAAUGAGCAUUAGUUCCAACAACAACAGAACACGUCUCACUGUUUCAAUCUUAUUAUGCAGUUAUUGAACCUUAUGAGGUAUGAGAGUUAGAGUUCAGAGCACUGCGUCUCUCCUCCAUUGCAGUAUCAAGUUGAAUGCUCAAAUAUCACUUUGUCAUGCCAGGAGAAUUUCAAAGCCACUACAUGGAACACAUUUGUGGUGUCUUUGGAAUGUGUCGAACAGCUCAGGUUGUUGUUUGUACAAGCAGAGACAGCCCUGCUGUAUGGUUGUGAGGUUUGUGUGCUUCUCAAUACAAAGUUGGACUUUUAAACCCUGCAUACAACAGCGUGAAAGAUGCUAAAGUGCUAAUUCUAGCUAGAAAGAUACUAUGCAGCAGCUACUGUAUCGAGCAGUCAGAAGAAGCAAUGUUUUAUCAUCUUUUAGUGCUUUAACUGACGAGUUCAGUCUUUAUGUUUGUUAAAGAAAGAGUUUUAGUUGCAUUAAAAUAUAUUGAUCUGAAUGACUAAGUCAUGUUGUAAAAUGUACAGUCUUGAAAAGAACAAGUCAGAUAGCUUUUACUAAACUUGUUCUUUAACGACUAUAAAGCCGUUUUACUGUCUAGAGUCCAGGUGAGCUACUGGGGCAUCACGCUGAUGUGUUAUUCAGACCUGGAGACCACCAUUAGUCUUGGUUUCAACACACUUAGUAACCACUUGUGUUACUGCAGCAAAAAUCCCCCUGUGGCCUAAAAAUCAUUUCCACCCAGACCAACAUUAUGCAGGAUUUCUCCAGAGGGUGGCCAAGUUGGUCGCCUCUUAAUGAGAAGUAUAGCAGUUCACUUCCAGCUCCCACAGUACUCAUGACGAAAUGUCCUUGGAAAGACACUGAACCCCAAAUUGCUGCCAGAAACAUCGUCAGCGGUAUGUGAAUGUGUAUGAAUGGGGUUAGUUAAUACUGAGGGUCCCCUGGUAUAGCAUCCUCUGACAUCAGGAUGAAUGUACCGUGACUGGGUGAACGAGAGGAGUAGUUUUGAGUGUUCAUGAAGACUAGAAAAGUCAAUUCACCAUAUUAAACUACUGAAAGGACACUUUGAGCUGCAAGCAAGGCUGAUUAUGAAUAUGAUCUUUAAAAUGUGUGACGUCAUUAAGAUAUAUGAAGUUUAAGGGGGAGCUUGUGGCCAAAACUGCUGCAAAGUGUUUGCGCUUUACACUCCAAAUUCAACCAGCUUUAUUUUGGGACCUGUAGGCGACUUUUGAAAUAGUGUCCAGGUCUUAAUAAUACAUCAGAUGUUCCAGCCACCAGUGGACUGUCCUUUUUGUUGUUGAAUAAGACCCUUCUCUUCUUC